ACACAAUUUCACAAUCUCCUUUAGAAUCCAAAAUCAUAGUUGGAAAACAAAUCAAAGAUGGCAGCAAAAUCCACGGGGAUUACCGAGUCAAUAGAAAGCAAGAAGAAACUAAACGUGUUGAUCGUCGAUGAUGAUCCACUAAACCUUAAACUCCAUGAGAGCAUCAUAAAAACGAUUGGAGGAAUUUCUCAGACGGCGAAGAACGGUGAGGAGGCAGUGAUCAUCCACCGCGCCGGCGGAGCAUCUUUCGACCUUAUCCUAAUGGAUAAGGAAAUGCCCGAGAGGGAUGGAGUUUCGACAACUAAGAAGCUAAGAGAAAUGAAAGUGACAUCAAUGAUUGUUGGGGUGACGUCAUUGGCUGACCAUGAAGAGGAGCGUAGGGCUUUCAUGGAAGCUGGACUUAACCAUUGCUUGGCAAAACCCUUAACCAAGGCCAAGAUCCUCCCUCUCAUUUCUCGCCUCCUGGAUGCUUGAUGGACGACUUUCCUAAAUAUAUAUAUUUUAUAAUUAAAAAAAAAAACAACUUCUACACAUACACGUGUAUAUGUAUGUUUAAAAAUUUGCGUUUAUGUGUUCUGGAAUUUAGGGUUUUAUGUUUGAUAUUUAUCGUCUGUUGUCUAAUCAUGUACAUUGUUUCU